GCAUGACCUGCCGGAGCCGCACGAACAACUGCCGCCCGAUGUGUUCCCUGUGCCCUUCAUCUAUGUCUGCAAGUUCAAUGCGCGUUGCGAGCUGGACUUGAAACAGAUCGCAUUUGGGAUCCGUCAUGCCGAGUACAAUCCCCGCAAGCACAGCAGCAUCACGGUACGUCUGUUCAACCCUCGUGUCACGGCCUUGAUCCGUGCGAGUGGCGCAAUAACGCUGUCUGCAAACGCAGGCUGCGCUUCAGAGGAUGACUUAAAGAGGUCAGCAAAAAAGCUGGCCAGACUGAUUCAAAGGUGUGGACAUGACGGUGCAAAGUUUGCUGAUUUCGCCGUUACCAGCAUCCUUUGUAAGGCCACUCUCGGAUUUCCCGUUCGCCUGGAUGUGCUGGCGUCCAGGUUCCGCAAGAACGCCCUUUACGAGCCAGAGUUCUUCUGCAGCUGUGUAUUUCGCACACGACAGUCCGCUUCUUACAGCCUCCAGUCUUAUGCGGAGGGGAGACGGAGUGGGAGCCCGAAGCAUUCUGUUCAGUGCUUCCCUCCCGCUAUACACUUCACGAGCCGAUCGAUGAGUUGUUGCACGGAAAGGGGCAGCCAGGGUGACCCCACCCAACUACGGGGGGAAAGCUACAUGGGUUGUUUGUUUGCUGUUGAGAGUCUUGUCUUGGGUUUUGGGGGGUGUUAA